CGCCAACUAUAAACAUGGCGGAUGUUGGUCGAACACUAUCGGCAUUUGAUGCCCUUUUACUUCGAACCCUUCCUAAUGAUUGGGUACAGACCGUGUGGGAGCAGGAUUUUGUGGACCUGAGCUCUCUCCCCGUCGCCGCUGAGGGGACUCUGGUGGAAAAUGACUAUUUCAUUGAUCAGCUUGACACCGUGAGAGAAGUCGUCAGUGCUUGGCUGCAGCUGGACAACCAGAAUGACAAUGGAGAAGGUCUUUGGAGUGUUCUGGUGGAGAAUGAGAUACCUCACAAGAAUUUGGUUGCCCUUUUGGCUUAUAUGACAUUUCGUGCAGGACAGGUGUCUGUGAGUUGCAGUGAGCGUAUUGCCGGCAUUCUUUCUGCCUCUGUGUAUCUGAAGCUGAUAGCUUUACCUGGUAGCUCAGCGUUCCAGAUGUAUAACCCUGAGCUGUUUCUUCAAGCCUGUCGUCUGUUAAACAAAUGGAACAAAACUGAUUUGGGAGGUGGUGGGAAGAGAAAGAAGAACAAAUCCCCCGUGAAGCAGAGUCAGAAGUCUCAGAGAGGGAAAGGUCGUAAACGAGCGAAGAGAAACUCUGAUCAGUCCUCUAUUGAGCUGUUUGACAGUCAAGACUUAGACGAGGACCAUGAUGACUCUGUGGAACUGACGACGGAGGAAGUCCGGAGAUUAGACCUGGUGUACGCACAGCUUUUACAGGACGUGUUGCUGAUCUGUGAGAAGUUUUCACUACGCCAGUCUGAGUCCACCGCUACUCAGCUGUUGGCUGUCCUGGUGACCUUGACACGCAUGGAACCAGAAUCUGCUCCCGUGGAAAUGGGCAACUGGGACAGUCCUCGGUGUGGUACGACCACGCUGGCGUACAAGGCCAUGUCGUUGUUGUGCCAGCCGUUUCAUGGCCACGUGUCUGCUCUGUCGACUGAUGUGACCAAAUUGUUGCUAGGACACGUCCUGAUGAUUGAGGACGGCAAGCUGUUCCCUAACCUUGUGGUGUCCGUGCUGCGCAUGAGGCAGCAAGCCCUGAACUUUGUCAAACACCUAUUGUUAGAGAUAGGGGAGAGGUACCUCACUACAGUAAAGACGCUGAUUCAGCGAAUUGCCUUCAGAGUGCCAGACAAGUCGGAGUACAGAUCCUAUGCUGCCCAGUCUGUCUGCGACUUGCUGGAGUGUCUACCGGACGCAGACUACGCCUCCAUGCUGCAGUUGCUCAAGCGAUUGUCCAAGCACAAAAAGGUAUGUCAGAGAAGUUUUAUCCUGGAUGUGAUGAGCCUCUUGCUAGAUCUUCCAGAGAGGAGAAUGUCAGCUGACGUACCUGCUGAAAUGGCAGAAUUUGCCUCUCACAAGAGCAUGAUAUGCAUUAUGCUGAGUCGAUGUUCUGACAUAAAUGCCAGCAUCAGAUCGAGAGCCCUGGCUGGGUUUUCUGCCUGCACCACCUCAAAGCACACAGACAUCGUUCGCACUGUAAAGGAAGUCAUCACACCGAUCGCUGCCUCCAACAGACCGACGGCAAAGCAAUUUGUACCAACUCCAUUUCUUUCCAUUAAAGGUGGCACCGAAGACUCCAACAAUGCAGAUGGUGCUGUUGGUGAUGAAGGAGGUGAGCGUCCUCAGCAGGCUCCCGAUGGCACCUCCUCUGAGCAACUGGCCAAUGAAACAGAAGCGCAGAGUGCGCAAACAAGCGACAGGAACGACGACGUUGCGGCUGUGGCGCCCCCUGGUGGUGCGGACGACGGCACCCCCCAAGCCUGUGUUCUCAGGUCUUUCUGUAACAUGGAGCUCACCCCCGGCUUCAAUCCCUAUUUGCCUGAUCCAGAGGGUGUCGUCUCCAUGUUUCGACGACGCGCGCAGGAUUCCAAAGUGGUGGUGAGAAAAUUUGCCCUCCAAGCGUUGCAGCGGGUCAUUCAGUUUGAAGUGCCAGAUUAUCGAUCCGAGGACCUGGACGUGUUGCGGUCACGCUGCCGAGACCCGGCCCUCUCUGUGAGGAAGCAGGCGGUGCAAUGUCUGGCAGAGCUGCUGGAGGCUUUCCCGACGGACGCCAAUUUCCAGAAAGCCUGGGUGUUUGGCCUCAUGCCACAAGUGAUGGACAAAGAGACGUCUGUUCAGGAGAAGUGCUUUGAUGUGCUGGAGGAGACAAUCCUACAGAAGAUUCAGACACGAAAUAGGAGUUCUGAUGCUGCUGUUGAAUGGGCUCUGCUGAACAUCAUUUCAAAAGAAGGAGGUGAAGCAUUAAGACGCCAUCUCCAGAAAGCUUGUCAACACUGGGCCAGAUUGAAAAAGUUCAAACAGUCCAUGGUGUCUGCGCUGGAAAGCCACGUGGGUGGCCCAAAUGAUCAGGCUGCUUGGAUGCUGCUUGCUGAGAUGUCAAAGGUGAACGUCAAAAUGGAUCAUGAUUUCAUUGUGGAGCACUGGAAGACUGUGGACUCCCUCACAGAAGCUGAUGCGUCCUGCGACAAGUGGACCGAUGUGCUGUGUGUUCUGAGCAGCUGUGCCAAGUCCAUGCCCUCAAAGGCCAUCACGGGCUUGCUAGAUGACCUGAAGAAUCGACUCCACCAGUUUUCGUACCCAUUUGCUCUGAUUGCCAGAAUGGUCAUCACGGUGUCCCAGCUGCACAACUGCCUGGACAGUGAGGCAUCCCAGCGUCAGAAGCAAGCCUGGGGCGCUCAGCUCAUGUCUGAGUGUGACUCCUACAUGUCCAGUGUCAUCCUCAACGCAGACAGCACACAGGAUCAGUUUGUGGAUGAGGAGCAGCUGAUUCGCUACAUGUUCACGCUGGGAGAGGUGUGUCAGAUGUGUCCCACCAGGAUGCCGCGGCGGGCCGCUCUCCUCAUCCAGUCCGUCAUAGCCGCUCCCUGCAUCUCCGACUUGGGAAACAGCGGCGAUCGUGUAACUCUCACGCAGGCGUCAGACGGAAGCGACAACAACAACCACACAAACGAAUCCGACUCCCAGGAGAACUCUUCUGGCUCGCGCGCCGGCCAAUCUGGGGACAAAGGGACUGCGGAGAAUGUUUCCAACAGCCAGCAGCAGCACUCGCAAGAGGAGCUCUCGUCACAGAGGAGUAGCCAGUUCUCGCAGCCGUUGUCGCAGUUCCGGGGCUCAAAGAUGUCCAACAAAUUGAGGUCGCAUGCGUUUAUUACCUUAGGCAAACUGUGUCUGGUGGAUGAGAGCCUGGCCAAGAAAACGAUCGCCGCUCUCGCCCGCGAGCUGGAGGAGGCAGAAUUCCCGGCCAUCCGAAACAACGUGGUCAUCGUCAUGAGCACCUUGACCAUCCGAUACACGACCUUGGUGGAUCGCUACAUGACCAACAUUGCUGCCUGUUUGAAGGAUCCGUCUCCGCUGGUGCGAAAGAACACCCUCAUUGUCCUUACCAGACUUCUGCAGGAGGAGUAUGUUAAGUGGAAAGGGGUUCUCUUUUUCCGCUACAUCGCCACCCUUUUGGAUGAUUCUGAAGAAGUCAGGAAUUUAGCGGAGUACAGUCUUGCUCAUUUGCUCCUGCCCAAGCAUCCCGGAAUGUUCUUCCAUCCUUUCAUUGAAUGCAUCUUCCACUUCAACAGUUAUCAUUCUCACCAAGUGUACAACAAAUUCAAACAGACGGACAGAGAGAAGCAGAAGUUUACUUUGGCAGGGAAGCUCAAUACAGGUCGGCGUCUCAAGCUGUACUCAUUCAUGCUGGAACACAUGACGGAUGAGCAGAGGUUCAAAAUCACCGACAAGAUUAACAAAGAGAUUUUGUCGACCACUGUCGAUAAUAUUCUUCCCUUUGAUGAAGACGGCGCAAUGUUGUUAAAGGAUGCGUUGGCCAUUCUUAGCUGCAAGGAGAUCAAACUGUCGACGCUGAGAGGCAAAGGCGUUGAAGAGGCCGGGGAAGAGGGGAUGGACAUGGCACAGAUGGUCACUGCGACGGCCAAGAAAGUCCUCAUCACGCAGGUGGUCCGGCGCAACGUCAUCGAGAACAUUGUCCCAGUGGUCAUUUCUCUCAAGCACAUGUUGGAGAAAAAACGUUCGCCCCUUCUGAAGGAUUUGAUGAGAUACCUGCGGGAGCUGAUGAAGGACUACAAAAAUGAAGUCAAAGAUAUUCUUGCCGCAGAUAAACAGCUGGCAGAAGAAAUUGAGUUUGAUCUCCGCAACUUUGAGACUCAGCAAGCCGAGAGAGCGGCGGGUGGGAAACAGGGAUCUCGUCCCGGCACGCCAGUUAUCAGAAGUGGAAGCAACACCCCAGUCGUCAGGAGCGGAGCCAGCACGCCAGUCAUGGGGUCACGACCCAGCAGUCGACCGGCGAGCCCGCUUGUCAAGGCCAACCAGCCCACAACCACCACCGUCAUGGGUGAUGCGGGGCAGCCCGCGGCGGCUGUGAGACCCACGUUGCGGGAGAGCACAGCGGACCAAAAUGUCCAGAUGGUGGCGUCUCCACGCCCGCCAUUGUCAGAUGCUGGAUCGUCGGGCGGAUCGUCCCCUGUGGCUGCCGCCGGAUCACCCAGCAGGCGCGCGUCUGUCAGUCUGGUGAAUGCAGCGAGGAAAGCGAUGAGCCGCGUGGAUCAGUUGCGCUCCAGCCCUUCCUCGCCUUUCCGAAAGGGAGCAGGUCAUUCCAAAGGAAAACGGACAGCUCAAAAUCAGAGUGAUGAUCACUCAAAAGGCAACACAACUGAGGAGACGGACGAGAACAGCUUGUCUCCCAUGAGAGCGAUCAGUACCCCGACUGGAGAUGCCUUGUACAACAUAACGUUCGCCGGGGAGGGAAACUUGACGAUCUGCCCCCCGUCCCCCAUACCCUCGGUGGCCAGUGCCAUCAACAAAGGGGGACAGCUGUGCUUAUCCCCCGCCAUCAGGGUGCAGAGACGAGGCAACAAGGAAGUCAUCCACAUGCCUCACCCGGAUGCGAAAGACCCUGAGCUUGCCCAGUGGAAUAUCAAAUCUCCUGUUGUGAAAGAGGAAGCUCCCUCUCCCACCAGCUCUGCCAACAACGCCGGUGAUUCGACUCCCACAAGGAAAAGUUUCAGGGCCUCAAGGGCGGGUCUACGCAGAAGUUCAAGACAGAGAAAAGUCUAACUAGUUGUUUCCCAGUUUCCCGUUUCAUUGUCCUCCAAUUUUUCUGUUGAGUAGUGUGCGCUGCUCGUAUGGCACUGCUGGUUACCUCAAAGCAUGAACGAAUUUAAGACUCUCACUGUUUCUAUUAUCUUCCAGUUUAUGAAAGUUUGCUUUUUUUCUGUACAGUUACUCUUGUGCAAAUGAUUUGAUUGUUAAAUAGAUGAAAGAAAUUUUGUUUCAACAUGGCCUCAUCCAUCGUUU